UCAGAUCGCCCACUGCGUUCCUCCCCACGCCCGCCUCCUCAGGAACACCAAUCCGCAAGCGACCGGAAGUGACGCGGUCGAGGCUUCGUGGGCUGGGGUUGGUGGUUUGCGCUGCAGAGCUCAGUCGGGGAAACCCAGCCCCGCAGCGGUUAGCUCUGUUGUCUGGGAUCCGGCCGGUGCUGGGGCCGCAACCGAGACUGAGGCUGGGUCCAGCAGGGAGGAGAGAGGAGGGAUGAGGCCCGGGCUCCCCCAGGCCUCCGAGGUAGACCUCCGCCUCCUUCUCCUCUUUGUCUUUAUGUACCGGAGCUGGGCUGAGACCCCGACCCUGGAACCCGCCGCGUCCAUAGUGCCUACACCAACUAAUGUUGAAAUAACAUCUUACAAUUUGAAUCCUCAAGUAUCUUGGAAUUACCAAAGAACAUCUCAGACUCCUACUUUCACUGUGGAGUUAAAGGACUAUAAAGAAGGGAAGUGGAAUGAAGUCUGCACCAAUAUUUCCCAUCACUUUUGUAACAUAUUUGACCAUAUUAAAAGGCCAUUGAGUUAUUACUGGGCCAGAGUUAAAGCUACCAUUGGACAAAAAGAAUCUUCCUAUGUGGAAUCUAAAUUAUUUUUUAUGUAUCAGCAUGGAAAAAUAGGACCACCUAAACUGAAGAUUCAAGAGAAAAAUCGCCAACUUAUCAUUGAUAUAGACCAUCCUCUAACAGUUGUUGAAGGAGAAGAGAAAGAACCUGUGUGUUUUUAUUAUGAUAGUGAUUAUGAUGAUUGCAACAUAUUAACAUACAAGGUGUAUUUGAACAUAAAUGGAAGCAAGAUCACUGAGGAAGAAGCUCAAUCUUGCAAUGAAACUCAAUGCCGGUUAAUUAUACCAGCAAUUUCAUUUAAUUCUGAGUAUUGUGUUUCUGCCAAAGGAUUGUGUGAGAACUCUGAAAUUUGGCAAAUUACAUGUGAGAAAUCAGAAGAACAGUGUAUUGCAACUUCAUCUAAUCCUAAUAGAGAAGAAGAUUCUUCUCUGCCUAUGCUAAUUAUUUUUGUAUGCGUUGCCCUUGUUCUAAGUAUAAUACUCAUAACUUACCUGGUCUGGAAGAGAAAGGUGUUUCAGAGAAAGGACUUCAAAUUGCCCAAGUCAUUGGUCUCUGUGAACCAGAACCAGUACCUCAGGCUCCUGUUCUUUGCACUGUAUUGCCUCGCUUCAAAUUCUUUUGGAUAGAAGAUGCCAUAUGGAACUAUUUUUCAAGGUCAGCAUUAUAAAUCCAACUAAAAUCCCAUCUUUUGCAGGAAACUUUUACCAACCUCUCUUAAUUCUAGAGCUUUUCCUCUAUUAAUUGUUUAAAAUUUAUCAUGUAUGUAGAUUACUUUGUACAUAUUUGUUUUCCCCUUUUAAAUUGUGAGUUUCUUGGGGGCAGGGACUGGUUUUGGUCUCUUAGCACAAUGCCUGGCACAUUGAAGUUGCUUAAUAAAUGGUUAUUGAUUGAUUUAUUACUCCCCUGUAGAAGGUAAAGCUAUGAACUUUAAAAUCUUCUAUUUAAGGUGGGAGUUCAGUUCACAUAUCAUUUCUUAUCUGCACUACUCUGGGACUUCUCUUUCUCCUUCACCAUGUCCCCAAAUGGAUGCCCUUCUCUUCCCUCCCACCCCCACUUAUGUGUUGUCUUCCCCUAUUAGGUUAUAAAGUUACUGUUCUUCAACCCACUUGUUAUUAGGAUUUUAUUGUUUAUUCUCCAUUUGGGACUGUAUUGUUUGUGGUCUCUGAACGAAUUAUUUUUAUUGCUUAUUUUUAUUAUCUGUAAAGGAUGUAUUAACUAUUUCUGCCUUUUUAUAUUUGUUUGCAAUAUCUGCCCUAGUACAUGGUUGAUAUUUUUUAAAAUUGCAUGUUUUGCUGAAAAAUAUGUAAAUUCUUUUGCUGUCCCAUUUAGAAGUCUUUUAACUCUAAAUUCUUCACUAAUUUGUUCAGUUUCAUACUCUCUCUUUUGUUUAUCUUUCUGUUAAACUUAUCCAAAACUGAGAGGGGGGUAUUGAAGUCUCCUGUCACUAUUGUGGUAUUGUCUGUGUCUUCUUGUAGUUCAGAUAAUGUUCCCUUUAUAAAUUUGGAAGCUAAUGCAUUUGGAGUAUAUGAGUGUAUUGCUGGUAUUAGUUUUUAGGGAAUUGAGGGGAUUAGGAUUGCAAGUGGUUAAUUGUGGGAAGUGAGUGAACCAUACUGACUCCAUCUUGUUACUCAAUCCUGGAGCUAGCUCAUUUCCCUUUCUAUUCAAUUAUGAGUCUAGUCCAACUUCUGUUUUGUGAGAAAACUUUAUUCAAUAAUGGGAAUUGGGAGAAGACCUUUGAACCUAGCUCUACGUAGCGAGGAAGCUGGACCACUUCUAUCUGCUGCUUAGAGGUCCUUAACUGAGGACCUACGUUAUGUUGACCAGAAAUCCAGUCAGUUCCAAAGAUUGAUUGAUGGCAGGUAUUCUCACAAUUAUACAUCUCUAGCAAUCCAUAUGUCUUAUCUGAAAAUUGGCCCCAUAUUAAUUAUUGUUCCUUUGGUUAUUCACAGACACUUGAAGGGGAGGGAGACACCUUUAGGAUUUCAAGGAAUUGUACCUGUUCUCUUCCCUCUCUCAACUUGGAAAGUCCCUAAUCUUUCCUCAAAUUAGAAAUAAAAUGAAUGUCCUGGUUAA